AGCGAGUGGAGUGUGCAAGCGAGUGAGUGUCGCAAUAACUGUGCAGUGUGCCUUAGUUUCAACCGCAUUGUGCUAUAUCUUCGUAAAGUGAUAUUUCUUGCCUUUCUGGUUGCCGUAGAAAUUGGAAAAUAUUUCAAGUUGUAAAAAGCAAAGUUUCCGCUUGUAGUACCCCGGCUUGUCGAUGUUGUCGGAGAUCGUGGCUUGCUAGUGUUCCGGUGUUUAGUGGAGCAAGGGAACCAUCCGAGGUGAAACCCGUGAAGUGGAUAGAUUCUUUUGCCUUUUCUGGACCAAAACGGCUUAGCGGGCGACCGGACCGACAGACUUGCCCUCUCUCAUUUUCUCCUGUCGGAGCCACUGCCAUCCACUCUGGGUCAAGAAGUUGCAAAGCUUGUGGCUUAAGCACCGGCAAACAGAGAUUGCUAUUUUCGGGUGGCAUCCCGAAUCCGAAGGAAACGCAAAGGGAAACGAAAAACGUAGAAGGCUCAAGGCGAAACAAAACGGCUUCUCAGUGAAGACGAUACACGAUGCGCAAUAAUAAAAAAUGCUGAAAGGUUGAGUUUUUCUGUUCCAAUUUUGGGAUACUUGGUAGAAGAAGAGAUUAAAAAAUAAAAAGGAGUGCAAACCUGAACUAGAUGUGCAAGAAGUGGUUGUUGGUGGAAGCUGUUUUUUCCUGGGAAACACGUGGAAUCUCAGGAGGGAUUUAAACGAAAGAGAGAGAGAGAGAAAGGAAAAAAGAGGCAGUGCAAGAAGCGCUUGUUUUAUGUUAUGCGCGUUAGAACCGACUGUGAGUGAAAAGGAAGGCCUUUAGUAACUAAUUACCGAGCGUGCGCGAAACGUAGACAGUGAAAACUAUCAAAACAAACUGUUGUAACUGAAUUCGUUGUUCUGUGCAGUGACUUAAUGAAGAAACCUUGCAGUGGAUUUUUACUAGCAAGUGCAUAAUUUUGCGGCGACAGUAGUUUUUGUUUGUAUGCAAAUACGGAUGUGGCUGACUUGAAUUGCUGACUGUUUUCGAGUUUAAAUUUUAGGACUUCAACGGCUUUUAUUUUGCACAACGGCGUGACGACGCUGUACAUCGGCGAAGUUGUUUUUAUAAAUCUGUCCGGUAUUUGGAGCUGGAACUCGGUUUGCUACGGAUGUGCAAGGUGCCUGUCAGUGCUUUCCUCGUAUCUUGUCUUAGCCAGAAGGGACACUACAACAGUCGUGCGGUAGUCUAUUGCGAUGAAUUCGAUACCCGCGGGGUCUUUGAAGUGUCGGAAGGGAGAUAAUGAGCCAUAAUGGUACAAAGUGAUAAAAAAUUACUUUACACAGAGUGAGUAACUUAAUAGGAGCAAAAAAUGCCUCACGGUGCUUCUUUUUGUGAGUGAGUGAGCUAAAGAUAAAGUGGAAACGAAAGAUGAUAGAAUAGCUUUUCGGGAUAGGCGAAGGUUGAAGAUGAUAAGAAAGCAAUUUGUGAGUCUUCGCGCAAUGGAAUAUAAAGAAUGUGGUGAUCGUGAAGAAAAAGCCAUGGUUCACUAGAAGCGGAAGGAAAAAGAUGUGGUAUUUCAAUCUAUUCAUUUAAGUGCCUUGGGACGACCGCAUUAGAGCGCUAGUGAUUGUGUAGUUUUUGUUCUAGUGUCUGCGACUGACGACAGUUGUGAAAGCUAUAGCAGAAAAAAAGAGAAAGAAAAAAGGAAUGCCUUUCUAGCUAAGUUAAGUUAUCAACGUGCCUUGGAAACUAGCAACAGAGCGACAAGAACGCCCUUUCAACACAUUCCGCAUCGAUUCCAUACAGCAUUCCCGUAGUCAUGUCAACAAAUAGUAAUAACCUGAAGUUAUCUGGAAACAUAAUCGGUCUGACAAGCAAUAAGCAGCCCCAACUACAGAAAAACAAAUUGAAACAAGCACCGGUCACAGCGGUGCCAUCGAACCCAGUCCAGCCAAGUUCGGCAGUUACAGGUCCACCGGUAGUGAACGGUGGAACGAAGUCAGUUCAAACGCAGCUGGCCCAACAGAAACAAGUGUCUCAGCAGUCACAACAAGUGGGUUCCCAUAUUCCUCCUCGGUAUCAACCACCUCCGCAACCUCCUGGAGGAAUACUCAAACACAUCAACCACAACGGAGGUGCCCCACCAUUAGCCAGGUCAUCGACCGUUCCUAUCAUAGCAUAUCCUACGGACCUGAACGGAGGCUCCCAUCCUCAUCUCAAGUUUCCCCCAGAGAUCCCCAAAUCCAGCGGUCUGUUUAUUCCGGAAAACCUCAAACACCAAUUGAAUCCAUCCCGGCUCGCAGUACCACGAUCCCAUCUACGAUUUUCAAAUCAACAUCAGAUAGCUCCGAGUUCACACAAACCAAAUCAUCUCCAGCAACCGUCGCACCAUUUACCACCUCCCCACAAUAGGCUCAGUUCCGAGUCUUCCUCCGAAGACCAGACAACCACCAGCUCAACACGAUCCCUCCAGCAUCACCUGAAUUCCAAACCACAACAACCAUCCCCCCAACUGAACCAGCAAUCCCAGGGUCACAUCCAGCAAACCACUGCGAUUAUACACCAUCAUCAACCUCCCAGUCAGCAGGCUCCGCCAGUUCCACCAUCAGCAUCGGCCAACGCCCAGCAUCAGCAACACCCAAAUCAACAUCACAAGCAGCUUCAGCAACACCAGCUGCAACAACAACAGCAGCAACAACAGCAACAACAACAACAUCAACAACAACAGCAGGAGAUGCUGAAAUUCGUCCGCAAGGCGGAGUCGGAAACUUCGUCAACGCCAACUUCGUCCAGCGGUGGCCGGAUAUCGUCGAUCGAGCAAAGCCGACACUUCCAGAAUCUCCUAGCCGAACUAAGAGCACUUAAGGAAGCUAAUCAACGGUUGAGCGACGACAAUCAAGAACUUCGGGAUCUGUGCUGCUUUCUGGAUGACGAUCGACAAAAGGGCCGGAAGUUGGCCCGAGAAUGGCAGAGGUUCGGACGAUACACGGCAAGUGUAAUGCGACAGGAAGUUUCAGCUUAUCAGACCAAACUGCGACAGCUAGACGACAAGCAGCAGGAACUGAUCCGUGACAAUCUGGAACUGAAGGAGCUAUGUUUGUACCUGGACGAAGAGCGAACGAAUACUAAUCGGCCAACGGUGGGAUGCCCGAACUGCGGGGCGACACCCGGUGCCACGAAUGCUGUUCCUCUCCGGGAUGACGGAGAUGGAAGUAGCUCGAGUACGAAUGCUGACGAGAACCUGCAUCAGCUGGGUGGACAGUUCGGACGGAACGGGUGCACGGAAAUCAACCUUCGUACUACACUCAGCGAUCAAACCCUGCAAUAUGUCCGAUCGCUUGAAACCCGAAUACGACAGCUGGAGGAGGAACGAUGUGCGAUCCUGAAAAAUAUUCCUCUCAAUCCGACCAAUGGUAACAAUAACAACAACAAUAACAACAACAACAAUAACAGCAACAACACUAAAGAUCCAUCAUCGAACACCGAUCCCAUAUCCGGUCGACCGGAAGCCGUUGUACGAGCCCUUCAAGUAUUGGAAGUUCGCGAACAACUCGAACGGGAAAGGAUCGGACCGAACACUCCGCCCGAUCCGCUCGACGAUGGCGAAAAAGCUCUGGUCCGAGAGAUGUGUAAUGUUGUCUGGCGGAAGCUUGAGGAUGCCCCAAAUACGGGCAUUGACCAGCACGUCUGAUCAAGGUGAAUCCGGCUUGGCGAUGAUACCAUGAAACAUCAAGGCUACACGAGGCUUGUGACGUGCCUGAAAAGCGAGGAAAAACGCACAUCAUCCUCGCAGUAUCUCUCCACUUUGAUGAUGUACAAAUUAAUUAUAAUGAUUAUACAGAAAAAAAAAUACAGAGCAGACGCGCGCAAUUUGCUAGGUAGAAUAGACAAGCGGAAAAUCACUUUUUGUAAUGCGCUGCCGAAAGGCGUUUUUUUGUUGUUGAAAAUCGUGCAGAACGAACGAAAAUUAAUCCUCCCCAAUAAAAAAACAAGUAAAACGAGAAAUGAGGUUUCUAAAACCUCGCAUGGGCAAAUAUUACAGUUUAGCCUACUGAAUCAUAGUUAACAACAAAGUAUUUAUCGCCGUUUGGCUUUAUUUUUAAACAAUUUCCACGCGACGGAGAUGUGUAAUUAGAGCAUCGAGGUAAAAUGCAAUGGAUUUGAACUAAAUACUUACGAUCGUGCCGGGUUUUUCAGGUCUCUUCAAGCGGCUCUGUUUUGUAGAUAUGAAGAUUUUAGCUGUGUAAGCGUCCCGUGUCGGAGCAAACAUGUAGGUUUCCAUAAGAAGAGUAGUAUUUUAUGCUAAACAGACAGAAGGAACUAUUUUUCAGCGCUAUGUAUUUGUGUAUCGUAGGAUUUCUUGUUAGUUGUUUUUAUAUAUA